CUUCCGCUCCUUUCGGGCAGUGGAGCGGCAGGGACAUGGAGAUUGGCUAGCAGCCGAAGGGCGGCCGAGCCGGAAGUAAUUCUUUUGGAACUAGAGUUGGGGCAUAUAUGAAUGUAAAGCCUCACUCAUUUGGAAAUAAGCCCAAGAAAUUCAGCUGACAGGAUCACAUCUCUGCACAGGUACAGAAUGAGCACAUGCUGUUGGUGUACGCCAGGUGGUGGUUCCACGGUUGAUUUCUUAAAGCGCUAUGCAGCCAGAACCCCUACCAGUGAAUUUCGAACAGCUGAUGAAGAUCUCUGCUAUUGCUUAGAGUGUGUGGCCGAAUACCACAAAGCACGAGAUGAAUUGCCAUUCUUGCAUGAGGUCUUAUGGGAAUUAGAAACUUUGCGUCUCAUAAAUCACUUUGAAAAAUCCAUGAAAGCAGAAAUUGGAGAUGAUGAUGAAUUAUAUAUAGUAGACAAUAAUGGAGAAACACAUUUGUUUGACUUUACUGGCCAAGACUUUGAAAAUAAGCUUCGAGUUCCUCUUCUUGAAAUACUGAAAUAUCCUUACCUGCUUCUACAUGAACAUGUUAAUGAGCUAUGUGUUGAAGCACUUUGCCGGAUGGAACAAGCCAAUUGCUCUUUUCAGGUUUUUGACAAACAUCCAGGAAUCUAUUUGUUUUUGGUCCAUCCCAAUGAAAUGGUUCGGCGUUGGGCUAUCCUGACAGCAAGAAACUUGGGAAAAGUGGACAGAGACGAUUACUAUGACUUGCAGGAGGUUCUAACAUGCCUUUUUAAAGUCAUUGAGUUGGGACUUUUAGAAAGUCCAGACAUUUAUACUUCUUCUGUCCUGGAGAAGGGUAAAUUGAUUCUUCUCCCAUCGCACAUGUAUGAUACGACGAACUACAAAAACUAUUGGCUGGGUAUUUGCAUGUUGCUGACUAUUCUUGAGGAACAAGCCAUGGAUUCUCUACUGUUGGGUUCAGACAAACAAAAUGAUUUUAUGCAAUCAAUACUUCACACUAUGGAGAGACAAUCUGAUGAUGAUAGUGUGGACCCUUUCUGGCCAGCAUUACACUGUUUCAUGGUGAUUCUGGAUCGCCUUGGAUCUAAGGUUUGGGGUCAACUUAUUGAUCCUAUUGAGGCAUUUCAGACCAUUAUCAACAAUGUGAGCUACAACAGAGAGAUCCAAAACAUACGGAAGAGCUCUGUGAAGACCAAGUUAGAACCAGAGACAUAUUUGGAUGAUAUGGUAACUUGUAGCCAGAUUGUGUACAAUUUCAAUCCUGAAAAGACAAAAAAGGAUUCAGGUUGGCGAUCGGCCAUUUGCCCAGAUUAUUGUCCUAACAUGUAUGAAGAAAUGGAAACGUUAGCCAGUGUGCUCCAGUCGGAUAUUGGUCAAGACAUGCGUGUUCACAACAGCACAUUUCUGUGGUUCAUUCCUUUUGUUCAGUCCCUCAUGGAUCUUAAGGAUUUGGGUGUGGCGUAUAUAGUAGAGGUUAUUCAUCACCUGUAUUCUGAAGUCAAAGAUGUUCUCAACCAAAGAAAUGCUAUAUGUGACAAAGUCACCGAGUUUUUUCUUCUAAUUUUGGUGUCAGUGAUUGAACUGCAUAGAAAUAGAAAAUGUUUACAUUUGCUGUGGGUCAGUUCCCAGCAAUGGGUUGAAGCUGUUGUAAAAUGUGCCAAGCUGCCCACCAUUGCAUUUGCACGGAGUUCUGAGAAGUCAUCUGGAAAUUGUACCAAAGGAACGGCAAUAGUAUCAUCUUUGUCACUGCAUUCAAUGCCAUCUAACUCUGUACAACUUGCUUGUGUACAACUGAUUAGAAGUCUCCUUAAAGAAGGUUACCAACUUGGGCAACAAACUCUUUGUAAACGAUUCUGGGAUAAGCUCAAUUUAUUCUUGCGAGGAAAUUUAUCUCUAGGCUGGCAAUUGACUAGUCAGGAAACCCAUGAGUUACAAACUUGUCUAAAGCAAAUUAUUAGAAACAUAAAAGUCAAAGUACCUCCAUGCAGCCCUUUGAUGGAUAUGAAUCUUGCAUGUAAAACUCCUACAUCUUAUCACAAAGAAGAAUUUGAACACAUGAACAUGAAGACUGAAAAAAAGGAUAUGCACUAUCUGGAAAACACGAGCCCAACUUUUCCUAAAGACUCAGUGAAAGUUGACACUUACCAAGUGCAAGAAAAUGUAUUGAUCAAAGCAAGUAACACUGUGGCAGAGGACAAUGAGCAAAAUUACCUAAAGAAUUCAAUAAUAAAAGAUAAUCGCUCAGUUGAAUCUUGUUUAAAAUACAGUAAAAGCUUUUGUACUGAAAGAGCUCAUGAUCAAGUUAAAAUAAAUACAAGAAAGCAGAAGUCUGUAAAAGAGAAGACUUCGCAUACACCACAGAGUUGUACUUUAAGAAAUGGUUCAGAAAGGCAAUGUGACAGAGGAGUAAUACAAUCAACAUGUAAGUUGACUGAUCCUAGCAUUGAUCCCCUGGAAAAACUGUCCACAUCAAGUGAGGCUUUCACUUUAAAGGAUAAUACUUCCGGUAAAUCUUCAAAACCCAAAACCAGAGCACAAAAAGACGAAAUCUGUGCUAAGUUAUCUCAUGUAAUAAAGAAGCAAUGCCGGAAAAGUACUGUGGUCAAUAAUGUGAUCAAGUUAGAAGAAAACCUGAUUGUAUCUAACUUUGAACGAUCUUAUUCUAGGAAAGAUACAAGAGGACAGAAAGAGGAUGGCUUCAUACACAAUGUAUCAUUAGACUCUGAUGAUAUUCUGAAUGAUGAUGAAAGUGGAGACCAAAAAUCUCAAAAUAGUGUAUUGCUGAAAAAGAAACAGCUAAAGAACGAAAAAUUAGAUAUGAUCAAUUCCCAUGAAAACAACUGUAAGAUACAGGAAAGUCAUGGUAAAGAUUUGAUCUCAUUUACAGAAGUAACUAAUACUGUAGUGAAGACAACGUCAUCCUUUAAAGAUACUGUGACUAUACUUGAAACAAAGGGUAAGGAAAUGAGUAAGCGUACUGGUCAAGUUUCUUCUUACUUGAUUAGGGAAGGCACCUGUGACAUCAGGCCUAAGCCUGAAACCUUAACAGAUUCUCAGGUAGACAGAGACCUCCUUAAAUUGUCUUUAAUAGCUCAAGCCAGUGUAACUAAGUUUCCAUCUGAUACAACUUCAAAAAAAGGCGCAUCCCAGUUACAAAGAAUAGUAAAAGAUGAUAGAUGUAACCAAAAUCAGGGAUCUUCUUUUGUCAAGGAAUCUUGUCAUGGACAGAUUAUUGUCAUUUCAGAUUCCGAUGAUGAUGAUGAUGAUGAUGAUGAUGGCAGUGAGAGAGUUCUGGGUGUUGAGAAAUACAUAAAUAAAGACAACAAGAUAUGCAUUGAUAAGCAAAGUCCAGCGCAGCAUGCUUCAAGUGUAGAUACUAAUGUGAAGACGAAGCUAAUUAAGGAAGAAGGAACACUAUUUGAGGAAUCUGAGUCUCAGAUUUUUGAGUUUGAAAGUCAACAUGAGGUAUUUUCAGUUUGGCAAGAUCAUAAAUCAAAUGACAAGCAUUCAUUUCAAGAAGAUGGGGAAAAAUCAGGUUUGACCCAUAUAGCUGAUACCACAAACGAUUGGGGUUAUGAUCCAGAUGAUAUAUCAGAAGAGGUUACUAAAGAAAUUUCAGAGGGUGUUGAAGGACACGCAGAACCACAGAAAAGUAGUAUUUCUGUUGAGGAAUUUUGUGAGAUUGAAGUAAAAUCUAAGAGAAAACGGGUUGACAAGCGUAUGGUUGGAGAUGCUGUAAAACCUUCAUCUUCCAUCAAAAAUGACCAGUCUGCUAAUGAGAAAGAGCUUAAAGAGACUAGUUUUAAAAGUACAAAUAAAAGGACUACAAUUCCCCGUUCAAGUAUUCCGAAAGAUGUUCCGGUUCCACAAAAGAAGCCCUCUCCAAAGCACCGUGCUUGCUCAAAACCCAUCAGGAAAGCCCCACUUUCUAAACCUAAGAAGACCCAUUCAGAUGCGAAAAAGGGGCAGAGUAAAAGUUCCAGUUACAUAAGUUGUAGGACAACUCCUGCUAUAGUGCCACCAAAGAAAUUUCGCCCGUGUCCAGAACCAACUUCAACAGUAGAAAAACUUGGUCUGAAGAAGGCGCCGCGAAAGGCAUUUGAAUUGUCCCAGAGAUCUUUAGAUAGUUUGAAUCAGUUACGUGAUCAUGGCAAAAGUGUUGGAGAAGUUGAUACCCGAAAAAGGACUAAAUUAAUUUCUCCUCAGACUCUCUCUGUUAAAAAUAAUAAGAAAUUACUGACAAGUCAGGAUCUUCACUUGCGAAGGCAGGUGAGACCUGAAUUGCAACAAAGUAAACAAGGACUUCGUGGUAGAGAGACUACAGAGGCAGGCUCACGUGUGGCAUCAAAUUCUGACACCACUACACCAGAAUCUGGCCGAUUAGAUCGUAGUCAUAAAGGAGUAAUUGCUAACAACAACAGAAAACAAUUAAUAAAAUGCAAUUCUUCUGAACCAGAAACCAGCGCAGCAAAAUAUAUUUCUCAGGUCGCUGCUGUUAGCCUUUUGAACCCAUGUGAUUCUAUAGUGUUAAAUGAAAGAAUACCAACAAGUGCUUCAGAGAGCUCUUCUUCAGGUGGAAAUUAUCUCAUAGGACAUCAUUCAGAAGUGGCCGCUUUCAAAGAGGGAGUGUCUGAAUUUAACAGUGAUAUAGAGGAAGAUAACUUAUUUUUAACUCAGAAUGAUCCUGAAGAUAUGGAUAUGUGUUCACAAAUGGAACCUGUGACAGUCAUUGAAGUCACUUAUGGAAAAGACACAACUGAGGGAGAAGACACUGUAAAUCUGCUUCAGUUGGAAUCUUCGAGUAGCCAAAAGUGUAAGCACAAAGACUGCUCCGAAGUCACAAAAAAGCAAGGUGAUCAUGGUUCAAGACAUUCUGAAGCUAAAGCAGCAGAUAAAGAUGUAUUUCUGAAACCUGCCUUGCCUCUUUCUGCAUCUAAACCUUUAAGACCUUCCACUACUAAAAUUUUCUGCUCAAGUAGUACUUCACGAAAUGCAAAUUUUUCCAAGUCUCUGGAAAAUGCUUCAGCACUUUCACUAGCAGUAAAAAAUAAAUCAAAUGGGGUGCAAUCUGCUGGGAAAGUAUCACAGCCAGCCUCACUGAUGUCUCAGAAGCCAGUGAAUGAAGCAAAGACUUUGUGCAAUGUUCUUUCUCACACUCCAAAUAAUUUCAACAGGCAAGGUUACAAACUUGCGUUUGGUGAAAGCAAUUCGUUUUUAACGUCCUCUCCAGUAAACGUUCUCUCGCCUUCACAGUCGAUCUCGGAAAGCUUUGUUAGGGAGAUCUUAAAAUGGAAGUAUGAAAUGUUCCUGAGUUUUGAUCAGUGUGGACCCCCAGCAAGUCUUUCUCAGUCCAUCUCAAGAUCUGUGCCUGUCAGAUUUCAAGAUUACGGAGACUACUUCAGUGUUUUUCUUCCGUUGAUUAUAUUGAACACUUUUGAAACAGUGGCACAGGAGUGGAUCAUUUCUCCGGUUAAAGAUGUUUUCCAUCAGUUGCAUUUACGGAAAUUUCCUGCUGACUAUAAAAAAUACUGGGAAUUUGUAGUUUAUCUUGAGGAAAGUGAUCUAGCUAAACAACUUCAUCCAAAGGAAAAUGAUUUGGUGUUCCUGGUUCCUGAAAGAUUAAAUGGAGAGAACAACAAUGCAGAAAGAAAUUUCUUACUAGAUCCCUAUGAAUAUUAUUAUUGUGGUUAUGUUUAUAAAUUUCGCCGCACUUCAGUCAUGCGUAAUGGGAAAGCGGAGUGUUUCCUCUCCAUCCAGACACAAGACAAUUUGCCUGUCAAUUUGAAUGAACUUGUGAAAUGUGUGGUAAUCAGUUCUUUGGUAACUACGCAAAGGAAGUUGAAAGCCAUGUCUCUGUUGAGUGGCCGGAACCAACUGGCCAGAGCUGUUCUGAAUCCAAAUCCCAUGGACUUCUGUACGAAAGAUUUACUUACCACCACAUCUGAGAGAAUUAUUGGCUAUUUAAGAGACUUCAAUGAAGACCAGAAGAAAGCAAUAGAAACUGCCUAUGCCAUGGUGAAACACUCCCCAUCAGUUGCCAAAAUCUGUCUGAUUCAUGGACCUCCGGGAACAGGGAAAUCAAAGACCAUUGUUGGCAUCCUAUUCCGCCUGCUAACAGAGAACCAGAAAAAGGGAUAUUCCGAUGAAAACUCCAAUGCCAAAAUCAAGCAAAACCGUGUUCUUGUGUGUGCACCAUCAAAUGCAGCUGUUGAUGAACUUAUGAAAAAAAUUAUCCUCGAAUUCAAGGAAAGAUGUAAAGACAAGAAGAAUCCAUUAGGAAACUGUGGAGAUAUAAAUUUAGUACGACUAGGACCAGAAAAGUCUAUUAAUAAUGAAGUCCUGAAGUUCAGCUUGGAUAGCCAAGUUAACCACAGAAUGAAAAAGGAGUUACCUUAUCAUGUUCAGGAGAUGCAUAGAAAAAAAGAGUUUCUAGAUCGUCAGCUAGAUGAACUUUCCCGCCAGCGUGCUUUGUGCCGAGGUGGAAGGGAAAUACAGAGGCAAGAAUUUGAUGAAAAAAUUGCAGAAGUUUCUAAAGAAAGGCAGGAACUUGCUUCUAAAAUUAAAGAGGUUCAAGGACGCCCACAGAAAACACAGAGUAUCAUCAUCCUAGAGUCUCAUAUCAUCUGCUGCACAUUGAGCACGAGUGGUGGUUUAUUGCUUGAGUCUGCUUUUCGUGGGCAAGGGGGAGUCCCCUUCAGUUGUGUCAUUGUUGAUGAGGCUGGACAAUCCUGUGAAGUUGAGACUCUUACUCCGCUCAUUCACCGUUGCAACAAGCUUAUCCUAGUUGGAGACCCUAAACAGCUCCCGCCCACAGUCAUUUCUUUGAAGGCCCAGGAGUAUGGCUAUGACCAAUCGAUGAUGGCUCGCUUCUACAAGCUAUUGGAAGAGAAUGUUGAGCACAACAUAAUUGGCAGACUCCCUGUUUUACAGCUCACUAUUCAGUACAGGAUGCACCCAGACAUUUGUCUUUUCCCGUCUAAUUAUAUAUACAACAAAAACUUGAAAACAAACAGAGUAACUGAAACCAAUCGUUGUUCAUCAGACUGGCCUUUUCAACCUUACCUUGUGUUUGAUGUCGGAGAUGGUUCAGAAAGACGUGAUAAUGACUCAUAUGUUAAUUUUCAAGAAAUAAAAUUGGUUAUGGAAUUAAUUAAACUUAUCAAAGAUAAAAAAAGGGAUGUUACUUUUCGAAACAUCGGCAUAAUAACCCAUUACAAGGCCCAGAAGAGGAUGAUUCAGAAGGAUUUGGACAAAGAGUUUGAUAGAAAAGGGCCAGCAGAAGUGGAUACUGUGGAUGGCUUCCAGGGUCGUCAAAAGGAUUGUGUUAUUGUUACAUGUGUCAGAGCAAAUGCUAUGCAAGGCUCUAUUGGGUUCCUGGCAAGUUUGCAGAGAUUGAACGUCACCAUUACAAGAGCCAAGUACAGCCUCUUCAUCCUCGGACAUUUGAGAACACUGAUGGAAAACCAACAUUGGAAUCACUUGAUUCAAGAUGCUCAGAAACGCGGUGCCAUUAUUAAGACUUGUGACAAGAACUAUAAGCACGAUGCCAUGAAGAUCCUGAAACUGAAGCCUGUGCUGCAGCGAAGUCUGACGCACCCUCCUGCCGUCGCCCCAGAGGGGCCCAGGGCCCCCCACAGUGACUUCGCCAGCAACAGACCGGAGUGCGGAUUGACCAAAACUUCGGGCUCCCCUUCUCUGUGUCACAGCCCCACUGACUCUAAAGAUGCUCCUGGUACUAGUGCUGCAAAGGACCCUGAAAGGCCGCCUCUUGUGGACCUGCUUCGGGACCCACGGCUGCUUAAAAGAGUGGGCAUUGACAACCUUGAGAAAUGGCUCAGGGAUCAGCAGUCUGUGAGCCCCCGGCAAGGUGCAGUAGCAGCUCCUGCGGGUGAGCCAGGCUUCCCCGUCACUUACCAGGAGCCUGGGAGUAUUGUGCAGCAGGCUGCUGCCAACUGCAGUCAGCAUGUGCAGCACGAACUCCCAGCUGCUAGUACAGAUGCUUCCACCAGCAAAAGAAAAUGUGGGGACGUGGCUGGAGGGCUCUCCCACAGACGAGAAACCAGGGCUCUCAGUGAAGGGGACCUGGGAAAAAACUCUGUGGCGCACCAGAGGACCUCUGACCGGAACCCGUGGAGGCCGGAUAAGGACGAUGAUCGUUCAAAGAAGAGAAAGCUUUCAUAGUGCAGCCACAAGCUUCACAGUAAACGUAAACGACCAGCUAAUAGUACCGUCUAGAAAAGUUUGGGGUUUUUCCCUUCAAAGGGGUUUGUGUGCUGUUGGAAAACACCAAAAAACGUGAAAAUGUGUCCUAAUAUCUGAGGCGCUUGAUCUUUAGUUCUUUUUGUCAGUUGCAAAAGCUUUCAGAGGGCAUUUGUCAAUAAUAAUGCCCUCGAUGCCAGAGAAUAUAAAUGCUGAUCCCUCUUGUUCUUCUAGAACAAAGGAGGUCACACUGGUGGGAAUGUUGUAAAAGUUGGAAUGUAUAUUUGUAUAGCAAAUAACAAAAUCCUUUUAAAAUUUAAUCUAGUGUAGACACUGUUCUUUCCCCUGCAUAUAAUGUUAAUCCUCAUUCUUCAGCUGAACAGACGUGGUCUCAAGCAGCUGGAGAAGAGCAGCUUCUUUCCACCGCUGUUUGGCAAUGCAGAUUUCCUUCACAGCCGAGUUACUGUAAUAAACUGAUCUGGUGCCGGUG